UACGUAGCUCUCAGCCAAAGUGGAAUUUGGGCCGAGAUUUUUUUUUUACCCCUGAAGUUUGGUAGCCUUCCCGAUGUGUUUGUACAUGGUAGGAUUUGGGUAGUUUUAGAGCAGAAGAAUUGAGUUUUGACAGCAUAUUUGAUGAAGGUCUGAGUUUAAAACCUACAGUUUAACUUUGGAUGGAGUUUAUUGUUGCUCUGUCCAGACGCAGCACUGAGGGACUGAGGGGGGAUCGGAAUUUACCGGUGAACAGGCCGGGAGGUGGAACGGCAAAAUAGGACUGCUAUUACCCCAAGAAGAGAAAAGUGAAGAUCGCAAACUUUUUUUGUUGUUGUUUGUUUUGUUUAAGGGACGGCUUAAUUUCCCCCCUCCUCAUCCUUCUCUCUGGGCUGAAAAAUAUUUCCUGCCAUGGCGAAAAAGUACGAUUUCCUCUUUAAACUGCUGCUGAUCGGGGACAGCGGAGUGGGUAAAACAUGUCUCAUCAUCCGUUUUGCCGAGGACAAUUUCAACUCCACAUACAUCUCCACCAUCGGGAUUGACUUUAAAGUAAAAACAAUUAACGUGGAUGGAAAGAAAGUGAAACUGCAAGUUUGGGACACAGCAGGACAGGAGAGGUUCAAGACCAUCACUACAGCCUACUACCGAGGUGCCAUGGGCAUCAUCCUGGUUUAUGACAUCACUGAUGAGAAGUCCUUUGAAAACAUCCAAAACUGGAUGAAGAGCAUCAAGGAAAAUGCGUCAGCUGGGGUCAGCCAGAUGCUCCUAGGAAAUAAAUGCGACAUUGAGCGGAAACGGAAAGUGUCCAAGGAGACGGGAGAGAAGCUGGCAGGGGAUCACGGCAUCAGGUUCUUCGAGACCAGUGCAAAGUCCAGCAUUAACGUGGAGGAGUCUUUUCUAGCUUUGGCACAAGACAUACUGUAUAAAUCCACCAAGAAGCCGCGUUCGGCGGGAAGAGAGGUGAAAAUCACCAGCAGUACAGAGAAACAACCCUCAAAGUGUACCAUUCUCUAGAAAUGAUAUCCUGCAACAUGCCACAGACAUUUAAGGGCACCUCUAUUAUCAUGGAAAAAUGCAAAGGUUUUCUGUCUCCAUCUGGUGGGCAAAAAGGUCCAAUGCACACAAGUAAUGAGUAUUUUUAUACCAAAACUGUAUUUCCCUCGUGUUCAAAACUUUUAGUCUACAAAAAUUAGACCAUAGCCCAAAAUAAUUUAUUAUUCUGAGACAUUUUGUCUGGGAUUUGUUUGUGUUUGUUGCUACAAAAAUGCCCUGAAAAUGUCCAAAAGCCCUAAUCUAACAUGCUCCAUGUCUCUUGUUUGCGUGCUGAUUCUUCAUAGCUUAUAACCACACUCAUUAUUAUUCCAACAGCACCGCUUUAGUCAUCUGAGCACAUGCUGUAGUAGCUUUAAGGAGGUCGAUGUGAAAUGUUCCAAAUUUGCAGAUCUAGGACAUAUCAAAGGUUCUUUUUUGUGUUUUAUUCCGUUUUAUGUUAAGGUACAAGUGCCAAAUUCCUGUCAGACAUGUGUAGGUUUGUUAAAUAUUAGAGCAAAAUGUUUAAAUGUAUUUAGCUAUUGGUUUAGGUGAGUUUACACGUAUAUAUCAUGGACAUAAAUGUCAUAUUAGGUCUGGACUUUUAAUGAUUUAUUUGAAUUGUUCUUUUUUCUUUGGGUGGACUGAUAAUACAACAAACUUCAAAAACAAGAGUUUAAACAGUUUAAAACAAGUUUAAAUUUGAUGUGGAUUUUAUUCGUAAUUCACUCAUGGUCAAAAAAUUGAUAAACACCUUUUAGCCAGUUGCACCUCGACGAUGUGCUUUUUGUAAGCAUCAACAAUCUUCUGGCAAGAUCCUGGCAUACGUUAUGACAGAAAUUGUGGUAUUAAUUUAAAUUGGUCGGUUUCCUGACAGUAACGUUUAAGCAUAGUCAGUAAGUCCGUAAAUAGCAUUGACGUCAGACAUUUUAGGUCGGCAGGAAACCAACCAGCUUGAAUGAACUAUACCAAUUCUCCCAAGGAAGAGGGGUCAAAUAUCCAGCCAGAGCUACUCCAGCAGCUUGCUAAAGUAAAUUCAAACCUGUGCUUUCAGUUCUUGUUUUACGAAUCUGUGAAUUUGUAUGCUGUAUACAACCUCAGGAGAAAAAGAAAUGGCUGAAAUGCACGAUUGAAGGCCCAGACUUAAUAAGGGUUUCAUUUCGAUUAUGACUCUACAGUAUAUAAACCCCUAAACUGACAUUUUGUUUUCUACAAUUUUGCCAUGUGAGUACAUUGUAGAAAUGUCUUGAAUUUGACAAUUAGAUGACUAAACAGUGUUCAGCUCCAUUUAACAGUCAAUGAGAGCACGCCAUUAAAUGAUAAAGAUCCAGAUGAUUUCCUGUUUUCAUUAAUAUCUCUCACCAUAGUAAUGAAUCCCACAAAUGGAAUCCAAACACAAGCUGUUUGGCAAACCAGCCCCAUUUUAGUAGGUGGAUGAAGAACGUUGACGAUAUCGAGCAGAGAUUAAGAAGUGCAAUCUGGAAAGCUGAGGAUAGAGAAGGAUGUGUGUUAAUAAGUGAAAGGACAGGAUGUGAGAGCCAAGAAAGCAGCACAGCAAACAUAUCCCUCGCACUGAAUUGAUUUAAAUGGACUUUCCAUUUAUCUGAAGUGCCUAAACACUACCGCACAUUAGCUACGUCUGGCGUGAUGGUCUCCCUGCUUAGACAGUUUUUAAAAUGCUGAAAAUCACUCCCACUGCAGGUGGUAAUCAUGGUAGCUUGGUUUUCUGCUUACAGACCAGAUUUAUUUUUAAACCAUCUUGUUUUCAUACUUGUUACACCUUUAUUGUUCCUGAUCUGCCAUUGUAAGUACUUUACAGACCUGAUUCUUCAUAAAUUCUGGUCAAAUACAAUAAAAGUGUGUCUGGUUGUGA